AAAACAGUACAUGGUUCGCUUCUGGGAAAGAAGCAUGGGAAUGCAUGGGAUCUUAAUGCUGAGCUUCAAGGAAGCGCUGAAAUCGCCUGCCUCCAGCCUGGCAGAAGUGAAGAUUUUCUUAGCAGCUGCCAGCGUUCGAGGCUACAAAAUUAUCCCCUUGUUUGAGCCUGUGGUGCGUUUGAGGUGUGUUUGGAUGGCGUUGGACGAUACGAUCGCAGAUUAUGUCUACUUUGAAAACUCUUCAAGUAACCCAUAUUUGAUACGGAGAAUAGAAGAGCUCAAUAAGACUGCCAAUGGUAAUGUGGAAGCAAAGGUGGUUUGUUUCUACAGAAGAAGAGACAUAUCGAGUACACUUAUUGUAUUGGCAGACAAACAUGCAAGAGAAAUGGAAGAAGAGAUGGAAAAUCCAGAAAUGGUUGAUUUACCAGAGAAACAGAAGCAUCAGCUACGACAUCGCGAGUUGUUUCUCUCACGACAGCUGGAAUCUCUACCAGCCACACACAUUAGAGGCAAAUGCAGCGUUACUCUGUUAAAUGAGACAGAAUCCCUUAAAUCCUAUCUGGAACGGGAGGAUUUCUUCUUUUAUUCGCUAGUAUACGAUCCUCAACAAAAGACCCUACUCGCUGACAAAGGAGAGAUUCGAGUCGGAAACAGAUACCAGGCAGAUAUAACAGACUUAUUGAAAGAGGGUGAGGAUGAUGGAAGAGAUCAGGCAAAACUUGAAACAAAAGUUUGGGAAGCCUUUAACCCGCUGGUAGACAAGCAGAUAGACCAGUUCCUGGUGGUAGCACGCUCCGUUGGUACGUUUGCCCGAGCACUAGAUUGCAGUAGUUCUGUCAGACAGCCAAGUUUGCACAUGAGUGCUGCAGCAGCCUCUAGAGACAUCACGCUGUUCCAUGCGAUGGACACUUUGCACAAAAACGUCUAUGACAUUUCCAAGGCCAUCUCUGCGCUUGUGCCACAAGGUGGGCCAGUCCUGUGCAGAGAUGAGAUGGAGGAGUGGUCUGCUUCAGAGGCAAACCUCUUUGAGGAAGCACUAGAAAAAUACGGAAAAGAUUUCACUGACAUUCAGCAAGAUUUUCUCCCAUGGAAGUCCUUAACAAGCAUAAUAGAAUAUUACUAUAUGUGGAAAACUACAGACAGAUACGUUAAACGAUUGAAAGCAGCAGAAGCAGAAAGCAAGCUAAAACAAGUGUAUAUACCCAACUAG